CGAAGCACUUUUCAAACGAAGACCUACACGCAUCUUCAUUCCAACCGCCAAAAUGGGUAUGAUCGACGCCAAGAACAGGGUGACGGAGCACCAGCGCUUCUACCAGGCUGCGUACAAGGCUCACACCCGCCUGUGGAAGAUUAACCCCCGAAGCAACUGGUACAUGGCCCCCUACCUCGUCGCCCUCUGGGGAGGUUUCGGAGCUACCCUGUACGCUGCUAGCCGAAAGGUUGCUGGCCACAACACCUGGUUCAGCAAGGAGUAAAGUGCCGGCAUCUAUGGGACGAGCCAAUUGAGUUACCCCAAUUUGCGUCAAAUGCAGGAUUGGAGGAAUGUAUGAGUUUAAAGUCUUAUAGACAGUAAAUAUAGGAUUUGUCAGUCCGUCUCUC